CUUGAAGAUAUUUAAAAAAGUAAUAAAAAUAGCAUAAGUAGCAUAAAUAGUAUGUAGUAGAAAAUCUUAUCAUAUUAAUUUGCAACUUAUUAAUUUUAUAUUACAAAUAUGGAAACUACAGAAGAAUUUCCUUUUCCUUUCCCUCCAUAUCCAAUACAAACUCAGUUUAUGAAAGAGUUAUAUAAAUGUUUCGAAAAUUCUAAGUUGGGAAUCUUUGAAAGUCCAACUGGUACUGGUAAAUCCAUGUCAAUUAUUUGUGGUGCUUUAAAAUGGUUACUUGACUAUGAAAAACUGCAAAAAGAUGAACUGACAAGUGCAAUUUCUGAACUUGAUGAACAAAUUAAACAAUAUAUUAACUCCACUGAUAAUUGGUUUUAUGUACAAACUCAACAAAUAGAAUUAAACCGCAAAAGGCAAGCGUUACAAACAAAAUUAAACAAUAUUGUUCAGUAUGAGCAAAAAAAGAAUAGUCUGAAAGAAAGAACUAAAGGUGUAAAUAGUAAGAAAAAGGAUUCAUCUACUAAAUUUGCAACAAGUUCUGCAAAGGACAGAAGUGAAAUAGACAAAAAUUCAGUUGAUACAAACGAAAAGGGAAGUAUUGAGGAAGAAUUACUUUUAGAAGAUGUUGAACAUUCAGAAAGUUCUGAAGAUGAAGACAAAGAAGAAAUUUAUGAAAAUAUAAAAAUUUUCUUUUGCUCUAGGACCCAUUCUCAAUUAUCUCAAUUUAUAGGAGAACUCAGAAAGAGUCCUUAUUCAAAAAAUGUAUCUGUAAUAACAUUAACGUCCAGGCAAAAUUAUUGCAUUAAUAAAAAUGUAAAAAAAUUGAAACAUUUAAAUUUAAUAAAUGAAUGCUGUUUGCAAUUACAAAGGAAAAAGACAACUGCUAAGGAUGAAAAAGAUCUUAAAAGAAAGAAAAUGACAAGUAGUUGCCCUUUUGUGCCAGGAAACCAAGAUUUACUAAUAAGAGAAAGCUUAAUGCAGAUUCGGGAUAUUGAAGAAAUUGUGCAAAAAGGAGAAAAUCUUAAAACUUGUGCGUAUUAUGCAUCAAGAAAAGCUGUUUCAUAUGGUCAAUUAAUACUGGUGCCAUACAAUACCAUAUUGCAUAAGAACACUAGAAUUAGUUCAGGAAUAAAUUUAAAAGGAAAUAUAUUAAUAAUUGAUGAAGCACAUAAUUUACUUGAAGCCAUUGAAAAUAUGCAUAGUGUUAUAAUUACAGGCAGAAAUUUAUUGCAUUGUUAUAGCCAACUUUCCCAAUAUCAAAACAGAUUUCAAACUUUAUUCUCAGCAAAAAAUAUUCUAAGCUUAACUCAGUUGAGCUUUUGUUUGAGAAAACUUAUAACAGUUUUGGGGGCUACUAUAAAAUCAAAUCCCGAUGAUGUUAUAAAUAUAGAAGCAUCUCCAAAAUUAUAUAAGAUAGAAGAAUUUGCAAUUAUGACAAACAUUGACACAGUAAAUAUGUUUGAAUUGUUGAAAUUCAUUAAAAAUUCUCGACUGAAUCAUAAAUUACAAGGUUUCAUAGAACAGUAUGACACAAAUUUAAAAAUUCAUAAUCAUAACACAAAGACAUGUGGUGUAAAACAGUUUUUAAAUUCAAUUAAGACAAAAAGCACAGAGUUUGAUACAAUCACAGACAUUCAAUUAGAUGAAGAUCGCUCAAAUAAUCCAAUGAUGACAAUUAUAAGUUUCUUAGAAUGUUUACGAAGCAACUGUAGUGAUGGGCGCAUAUUUAUUAUUCCAGGUCCAACUGUUGGACAAAGUAUCAUAAAAUUUCUUUUAUUAAAUCCAGCAGCGCACUUCCAUGAUAUUAUUCGGGAUGCUAGAGCUGUAAUAUUAGCUGGUGGGACAAUGGCACCAAUGAAUGAAUUUACAGAUCAGUUAUUCAUAGCAGCAGGUGCUUCAUCUGAAAGAAUUGUCACAUAUUCAUGUGACCAUGUAAUUCCUGAAGAAAACAUAGUAUGUAGCAUAACAACUCAUGGCCCAACUGGUAUUGAAUUUGAAUUUAAUUUUCAAAAUCGAGAAAAUACAAAAUUGUUAGAUGAAUUAGGGAGGGCAUUAUUAAAUUUAUGUAAUAUCAUACCAGCUGGUAUUAUAGUCUUUUUACCCUCCUAUAAUUUUGAAGAAUUAAUAUAUAAACAUUUAGAAAAUUCUGGUAUUGUUAAGAAACUGUCUUUAAAAAAACAUAUUCUUCGAGAACCUAAAUCAGCUUCUCAGGUACAUGAAAUUUUAAAAGAAUAUUCGCUUCACGUAAAAAAUCCAAAAAAUUCACAGAAUGGAUCAUUAUUGUUUAGUGUGGUGGGAGGAAAAUUAAGCGAAGGAUUAAAUUUUUCUGAUGAUUUGGGAAGAUGUGUUAUAGUUGUGGGAAUGCCUUAUCCUAAUAUCCAAUCAUUGGAAUUACAAGAGAAGAUGAAAUAUUUAAACGAAAAUAUUAAAUCAGAUGCUGGUCAAAAUUUCUAUGAAAAUUCAUGCAUGAAAGCAGUAAACCAAUGUAUUGGACGAGCUAUUCGACACAUUAAUGAUUAUUCAACAGUAAUAUUAUUAGAUAAACGCUAUAGUUAUAAAAUAAAAGCACUGCCACAGUGGAUUCAACGUACAUUAAUCAUUCAUAAAAGUUUUGGUAGCACAAUUGGUGCUAUAUCUAAAUUUUUCAAUAAAAAAAAAAUUAAAUCCAAUAAAAAAAUAACAUAAACAGAACAAAAGAUAUCUAAACAUUAUUAUAUGUAUUAUUAAUAUAUUUACUGUUACUAUUACAUUUAUUAAAAGUAAGUUUUGUUAACAUAGAUAUAAAAUUCUGCAUAUAGUUCCUACAUAUAAUUUGCAAGAUGCACUUCAAAUUUAUAUGUCAGAUCAUGAUAAUAAACUUGACCAGGAUAUAAUAUAGAACAUGGGAAAUGUGACUGAAAACAAUUCAUCUAUUAUGUCAAUCUUUAUAACUUUACUAAAAAAGCCAAAGUGCUAUUAUCAUUUAUAUGUACAUAAGAAAUACUUACAUAAUAUAUUGCAUUAGGAUAAUUUUGUGGUUGAAUACUAAAAGCACAAUACUUUUUAUAAUGAGCUCCAUGUUUUCCUAAGAUAAAUUCUAUCUUUUUAGGUACAGUCGUUACUUUUUUAUAAUGUUUUUCAACUUUUAUUUCUUCUUCCUCAUCUUCAUGAUCAUUUUUAUAAACUUCACCAAUUUCUUCGGCUUCUUCAAUGUCCUAUAGUCGAAUCAAAUUUAUGAUAUACAAGUUAUUACUUACAUAAAUAACAUGUUGUUGAUAAUUAAAACAUUGAUUUACUUCUAAUAAAUCAUAACUAGAUAAAAAUUCUGGAAUAGUAUAAGGUGGCAAACGGCCUCCAGUGUAGAACUGCACCCCACAUUGGUCUGAAUAAAUUUCUAAAGCACUAAACACCAAUAUAUUUAAAACAACUGUAUUACUCAAUAAACAACUAAUAUAUUUGUUUAUAUAUACCGUCCACUUUUUACAUGCCAUACUUUGGCAACAAAUGAACUACCAGAUUGUCCACCUUUUGUAACACAUAAAUUAUGAUCAAAACCUUCUCCAGGUGGAACCUAGCAAUAAUUAAAGGAAAGAGUUCAAUAUCUUUAAAA